UUCUGUGAAAAAUAUGGAUUUUUCUCUAGCUUGAAAGCGAAGUGUUGUUGCUUUAACGGAGAUAGCGCGCGCGAUGUGCGAAUCCAAGGGAAAGACGUGUCCGUGCGGCCUUCGCUAUGAAGUGGCUUGAAUUUCUCUCGCCUCGGAAUUUUCUCUCCCCUCUGCCUGAUAAAAUAGUCGAUACUUCCCACGGCUGUUGUCUCUGUGUGAAAUGAUUUGCCAAGGGAUGCCGCUGUCAAAGUCUCCAGCCGAGAACGAAACCAUAUUCGAGUGGAUUUUCUUUCAUCAUGCUCGUCCAUAUGUGAAAUACGGUUGUUGGUGAAAAUGGAGUCAAAUAUCGGUGGAUUUUAUGUUUAGUAUCAAAGAUCCGUGUUAUUACGAAGAAAGCACCAUGCCAAAGAGGAAAUCGCCUGGUAGUGACGAUCUAGAGGGGGAUGAGACCAUCCCUCUUCCCAUACAGAUGUUUUUCUGGCGUCAGACAAGUCCGUUCAUUCGCCCCAAAGGUGGGAAGCUAUGUGAUGCUUCAUGUGUGUCCUUUGAGCGAGUUGUUGUGCAGAACAUCCAUCAUGGGUUGUCCCCUUGUCUGUGUGAAGCCAUACAGAGUGUGUCUCGCUGGAAGCUCGUGCAGGCCGCGUUCCCACAUGUCAUGCAUUCCUGCGCCGCCCUCCUUACCAACCGCAAGCAGAAAGAGCCGGAGUCCAAGCUGGGACCGAGCGAAACCAAGCUGCUCUACACACUGCACUGGACAAUUUUGGAUGCAGCGUCUGAAUGUGAGGACAACGAAGCUGAGCAGCGAAUGUUUGGUGGCGGAAAACCUGUUGCGCGUACCUACAUGCAUUCUCUGAAUGUUGUUCAGCUUUUCGUGUACUUGUUUGCGCCCCUCAUCCACAGCUUGGGCGAUGAUGACUUUCAGUCUCUGAAACUGGAGAGCGGCUUACGACUGUGGCAGCCAUUGUGGGAGUAUCGCCAACCUGACAUUCCUUGCUUUUCAACCCUGGUCAAGCCUCAGAGAAAUGUUUUGAAAGCGCAACGGAGCGCUUUGAAAUUCCACACUAAUGCUGCGAACAUUUACAUCGGUAAAGGAUCUUCAACAGAAAAUAUAUUCCUUGGGGUUGUGACCUCGAGCAGAAACAGUAUCCAGGAUCCGUCUUCCCCAACAGCCCCCUUAGCAACCAUGAGUGACAUUUGCCCACCCAUAUCCACCUCUGAUGCGCAGUCUGCCACAGCGUUUGAAGUCAUCUGCGAGGUGUGUAAUACGGUGUUGUCGGCGAAAUCUGGAGAGGCGCCAGCCUGCACUUGUGGACGCAAAGAGAGCUACACAAAUCCGUUUGAGCCCAAACCAUCGGGUGGACAGCGACUUGCACUUCCCGUUGACAAGGAUUACAUGAAGCAGAGGCUCGCCAGUGCAAUGUCGACGGUAGUGCGUGGCCAGGCCGAGGCAGCUCCCGAUGUUUUCAGCGCCAGCUACUUUGAUGUGGCAGUGCUACGCUGCUUGUUUUGUCUUCACUGGGAGGAGGACGGCGUCUACUGGGCACUGCGCUAUAUCCACAACCGUCUGUUGGAGAUUUGUGACGAGUAUCAAGGGCUGCAGUUCUGCGGAAGAGAGAGGAGCAAGUCUUUGCCCAUUCCAGAUAUCCAGGUGACCUACAACCAGCCUCUCAGUCCAGUACCCCCUGGGGUGGCCAAGGAUGCUAAAAUUGAUGACGCAUUGGACAUCGCCCAACCUAUGAUGCCUCUGUUUGAAGAGACGAAUGCUGCGAUGACAGCAAAGGUAGAAAAGCCUGAAACUCCAAACGCAAGUCCAACCCACACUGUGUCAACUCCCAGAACACAGCCCCCAUUCAAGAAAAUUAGGGUUAGUGAGCUGCGACAAUUCUUUGAAACAGGGCAAGCAUUGCCAAAGCAGAUUGAGGAGAACGAAACCCCGCCUACGGAGCCUACUCCACCAGACAGAGAAGAGAGCCCAGUGUGUCAUGCGUCCGAAAAAUCCCUCAAGGAUGAUUCGUCAAGUUCCUACACAGGAUCAAAUAUUGCACUUGAACAUGACCAUGACCUUCCUAGGCCAAGCUCCGCCCUUGCAAAAUACCCUGGAGAAAACGGCAAAGAGCUUGGUGUUCUCUCGGAGGACGAAGUGCUUGUUGACGUGAACAGACGAAAGAGCAUGCCCUCAUUGCGCACCACGGAGCGCGAAGCAGAGCGCGGCGACAAUGACUCACAAGGGGAUAGCAGCCAGCAGAGCAGUCGAACUUCGUCAGGGUCACAUGUGGACUCUGUCCCACAUAACCUCCACAACAAAGGGGAACAACUCACCAUCAAGCCGAUCAUCACUAUCACUGAGGACAGCCCAGAGCCUUCACCGUGCGAAAAGCUUCAGCUUUUGCCAAAGCGCGGCAGCAUGAUAUCCCAGCAGUCCAUGUCUUCCAGCGUUCCAACGACGGGUAUGACUCGAAGCCUGACUGACUCAAACAUUGUGUACAAUGAGGUAGAGGAUGUCCAGGAGGUCAGUGGAGCUGUCCACUACAUCCAAGCCAAUGGUCACCUCAACUACAAGGUCAUCCUCAAGGCUGUUCACUUUGUCUCUAUAAAUCAGAAGAGUCCACGAGUUUGUGAAGUCCUUCUCAACAUCCUCAACUGCCUGCUUGACUUGGAAAUCUUGAAGCCGCCGCGGAAACCCAAACGCUCCACUAAGAAGAAGAAAAAUGCGAAUGGACCCAACAAUGGGAAACCGAGUGCCAACAAACCCAGCCCACAUGUCACUACACACAACCUUGCCCUGGAUAGCAUGCUGAGAAUUUACCAAGCUUUGGGAUGUCCUCAUGGAUGUGGUGAUGGGGCGCGUGGUAUCCAUGGUGAUGACCUUCGUCUCAAGGGUCAGAACUGCUUACACAGGCUGCAGCGCCUGAACCCAGAGGUGUUCCGUCAGUAUUUCCGUGAUGCUGUGAACAAGCCUUCAUUACAGGAUAUUGUUGACUUUCUUCACUCCUUCCUGGGAUUCUGCAUCGAUCCGUCUCAGGCUGCAGCCGCUUCCAUGUCUCACUCACCACAAGUUCACAAAAAGUCAGUUUCUCAGGAAGGACUUUCUCGAAAUGGCUUCCACAACAACUUUGGUCACAGCAUUGGAGGGAUUGGCUACCGUGGUGUAGAGGGAGUGCUCAUGUCUAAUAUCCUCAAACCCUUUGUGACAAAGUGUGUCACUUCCUGGAAAGAUAUCAGUAACCAUGACAACAUUAGUUUGUUCUGUGACAUCCGACAACUUCUGACGUACAUUAAGGAGAUUCAUGGCGGAACAUUUCGUAGAGUGGCGCUCAGCGGUCUCCUGGAUGCCAGUCUCAAGUUAAAACAGAGGACCUCCAGUGAUUCACCUCAAGGGAGACAAUCCAGACGACGUUUUGAGACGUCAGGGCAUUAUUACAAACGGAAUGUGUCAGUGAACUGUGACCACAAUGAGGAGCGCGAUGGACCGCGCUCACCCAGCUACAUGGAUGAUCCCUCAGCGCAAAAGUCACGUCGCUCCAUCUUUCGCAAGAAGAGGAAGCCUCUUGUGAUGCAGCUUGGGACUGCCAGCGACUCUGAGCUUCUGGAAGAAGCUAUUCACAGUAAACUCAGCCCUAGGACUAGUAUUUGUAACAACAACGAGGAUGACCCACCCUCCGGACCCAGCACGCCGAAGCGGCGCUUCAGCAAAUUCCAGCUGGCCUGGAAGAGGCAGACCAAGUCUGACCACGAGGAUGAGGUGGCCAGCGACCCACCCCCCACAGCCUUGCUUGACCGACGGGAGAGUAAGAGCGAGGGACAGUUCCAGCGUAAACGCAUGUCGUUUAAGGCCGCCAGUCACGCAACCAUGACCUUCCUGAGCGCGCGGAAACGCAUUGAAGACGGGCUGAAGAACCUGGGGAAGAGGAUGAGUAAAAGAGGCAGCACCGAUGGUUUUAAUCGGCGGGGUUCGUGUGAAGUUGGCGGGUCUUUAGGUACCGAGGUUGUCAUUGUUAAGGAGAAGAAACUAGUGGAUCGUUAUCUGGUGAAAUCCGGAAUGCUCAGGUUCUCCUUCCUGCUGGAAUGCUGCCAUCCUGGAACUUUGCCAGAUCCUCAACUUGUGGCAGCCAUGUUGGAUUUGGAAGCUCCGGUGGUCGCCCGAGCAGCACUGUUGUUGGAAUGCGCACAGUUCAUUCAUCGCUGUAACCAUGGCGACUGGCCAAACUGGAUGAAACUGAACCUGCCGAGUUUCCGUCAUUCGACAGCGGCCCUUCAGAAUCGUGGCCAGCCAUCAGCGUACCGGCGAAACUUGAUCAUCCAGAGAUUGGCAGGGCGAAUGUUUUACUCGUGGGCAGAGGCUCUAGGCUACCAGCUGGAAUAUGUGUUGGGUAAAGAGCACACAGACCGGUAUGCCGUCCUCAACGAUGUGAAGGAGGAGUCGAGGAAAGGACUGAGGAACGAGGAUGAUGAAGAGGAUUUCCUCGACGAAGCCACUGUGAACCACACGGGCUUUGACUGUCCUUACGCCCUCAAAAUGAUCGCCUGCAUGGUACUAUUUGAGGUUACCACGUUUCUAAGGGAGACCUACCAGUUUCUACCCAAAAUGAAAGGCCCCAAGAAAGAGGUCAACGUAGGGGAGAAAACUCAACCAGCCAGGCGAUGGAGCGCAGCUGUCAGCAGUUCAGGGCAUUCCGAAAAAAGUUCUGAGUCCAACAUUGCAGAAUUGCCGCAGUCAUCAGUCGGAAGUCCUGGAGACAGGAAGAUCAGUUUUGCAGUGUAUGGACUACAGGAGCGCUCUGAUUCUCUACACAGCAGUACCACGUCCUUGUCUAUGGCCGAGCCCGGCGAGGAGAAGAAGGGAAGCAGAAGAGUUACUAGUACUCAGGGGAGAACAAAACUGCUGAAGCACUUCAGGAGAGGAUCUGGCCACAACUCAAGUUUUCGACACAAUCGCAGUUUUAAAUUUAAACGCCAAGAAGGAGGGAGCAUAAAGAGAUUUGGCAGCGUUAAGUCCCGAAAAGUGAGCAGCCAAUCACUGCGGUCGGAGGAACGCUCGGAGCUGGAGGAGCAUGCAGAUGAUGCAGAAUCGUCAGGGAUGCUGAGUGAUGAGGCGCAAGAGAGUCCUGCGGAUAGCGAUGGAGAUGAUCUCCACCAGAAUAUGCCCUGGAUAAAGGUGGUGAUUCAGCUGGCAAACCUGUCAAACUUCAUCUGCACGCAUGAGGGUUUCUGUCAUCCCGACUGCUCUGAGCGACAGCGUCGUAGUUGCGCCCGUCUCAUCACCGCCGUCAAAAAAGUGUAUCAGUCCACGGAGGCUGACACGAAGAGAGAGCAGGAGAAACAGCGUUCUGACAGCAGGAGGGAUUUCUUCAAGGAGAAGCUCAAGAGAAGGGAGUCAAUUUUCCAACAGUCUUCACCGACGAGGAGAAGGGAGAGCACUCCGCUGCUGGAGAAAAUCAAGACAGACGUGUCGAUGACAAAACUGAAGCUGAACCAGCCUGUGAAAAAGGAGGACAAACCCAAGGAGCCUAAAGAGGAUCAUCCAAUCAUGAAGUAUAUUCUCACACAGGCUCAGCGUCUCACUCAGUCCACACUGGCUAUCAUCACUAAAGCAGCCCCAACCCUCACAGAGGAACAUUUUAUCGAUAUUGUUCCCGUGGCCUGGGAGCUUCUGCUGGAUGUUGAUCAGGAAAUCGCUGCAUCUGCAGCUUCGGUGUUUCUGCUUUCAUCUGUUAAAGCUCCAGAGAGAACGCAUGAAAUGAUGAUGCGACAGUUACAACACGAUGACACAGCUCAGAGGGUGUUUGCUGUGUUAAGAUUUGGUAUUUUGUGGAAGUUCCGUUUUCAAGUCUGGCCUCGAAUGGAAGAUGGUGCUGUCAGCUAUUUCAAGGUCCCUCCUCCUGGGAUUGAUUUCACCCUCCCCUCCCCCACCAUUGGGCUUCCUAACCUUACAGUCAUUGACCCCCCGUGGACUCCACACUUCAAGGCCAAGAUCGAAGAGGUCACCGUGAACCAAGAGGAAACUAAAUCACUUGUAACUGCGACAACAACCCGUCGCAAACAGCAGCAGGAAAUGAUCUACAAAGCUCUUCUGGCCGAGGAGGAGAGAAAGAAGAUUGGCCGAGAAAACUUCCCCAUGACGACGAUAUCUCCCACUCAGCAAGCUGCAUAUGAGCCAGCGUUACACCACGUGAACGAGGACCAUGAAGAAGCAAUGCAAGAGGAAUUGAACUUGGCUGCACGGCGAGUAUCAUUGGCACCAGUCAAUCGAGCUAAUAUCCAAAGUCGCAGUUUGUCCUGGCGGAACGGAAGUUUACACUGGGGCCGGGUUUGUCUUGAAGGAGAAGAAGAGAGAGCUGAGCACUGUCACCACAUGCAGUUGGCACAGUCAUUCUUCCCAUCAACCAUUUGUGCGGCCAUUUUACCCAUAAUCCACCUACUCGAUGACAGUGAUGUUAAUCCUGAAGGAGUGGCUGUGUCAGAAGUGGCCAAUCGGGUGAUCUGGAACUGUAUUGUGGAAGAUCCUGUGUUGUUCCUGAGACACUUCAAUGAGAAACUCACCAAUAGGGAUAGACAGGAGGAGCUGUUGUUUCUGUUACGUAAGCUGCUCCUUCACUACCCAGACCUGCCAGCUCAGAUUGCUCAUUCUCUCUUCAACUAUCUGAUCGGGUUCAUCAUGUUUUACGUGCGGACACCAUGUGAGGGAGGACAGGAAGCCAUAGGGGGCGCUCUGUCGCUCCUGUGGCAGGUGAUCCCCUGUGUGGAGGGCAUUUACUUCAAGGACCUCAAGCAGACGCUGAAGAAAGAACAGUGUGAUCCAUACUUGAUGGUGUCUGCUCUUGUGGCCAGUACAAAGAAAAUUCUGGUCCAUGGACCUGAUCUCUCCAGUAUUCCUUCACAGCUUCCAGUACAUGAGGACACUCAGUUUUACCAGAUUCUACAAGACAGCUUAGAGUUUUUCAACAUUCCUGAAGAUCAGCAUCACUCCCACUUCCUGGUGGACACAAAGUCUAAUCAGAUGCACAACAUGAACUCCUACGUGAGGGACUUUUACUAUUUCCGUCGUAACUUCUACCCUCAGCUGAGCCUGGUUCACAUGAACCCGGAGGACGCCUCCAAGGCUCUGCAGAAACAGGCCUUUACCAUGAAGUUUGUAGAGACAGGUAAAGUGAUGUUCACCACCCAGAUCUUGCAGAGUACCCCGGCACAUCAGAUUCAGACUCAUGUGGCCUUCCUGCUGGAAGAGUUCAUGAAGCUACCAUCGUUUCCGAGAAAGGCGUUAGAGGCGGAGUUUGGACUGUAUGAUGGACAUUGGGGAAAGGAACUCUUUGGGAUGGACACUUUACAUAAGUAUGUCUGGGUCAAGCUGAUGCGUGCGUUGUUCACAUCAAUGUCGGACACGCUGACAAGAUCACAGGAUCUCCCGCUCUUCCUAAACGUGAUCAACGGGACGAUCAUCCUGCACUCUGAGGAUACAGCAAUCUUGAGGGUGUGUCUGGGCAUACUGAUCAAUGCCUCAAAACACUUCAAACACGUGUUUGCCACCAAUGGUUACCUGUACCUGGUGCCUACCUUACUGAGAGUGUACAGCAACAACCAGCCAAACACAGUUCUGUCUAAAGCCAUCACAUUUGUGUGUAAACAGUUCUACCUGCUGCAUAGAAAGCCCUUUGUUCUACAGAUGUUCGGUGCUGUGGCCCCCAUCCUGGACAUGAACAGUCAUGUGACUGGGAUGAUGAACAUGAACAGAGUGCAGCCGGACUGUUUAUUCCAGUUACUACUGGAUUUGGAGCAGGAUAUCCCGGAUGAGCUGGACAUUUUGGAUCUGGUGGAUGGAGAGAAACCCCUACGAGCCUUGGAUUUCUGCUAUGAGGAUGACCCUGGCACCAUAACAAUGAUAGACGUGAUCAAUAUGUGUGUGACAGUGGUUGCAUAUGCCCCAGACUCUGCAAGAGCGGUGCAGAUGUUGACAGUUUUAGAGGUCGUAAUGCCACGGUAUUUACAGUAUCUGAAGAAACACACAUCACGACUGGACAGCCCUGUAGCCGCCAGACAUGAAAUCACCAAUAUCAACAACCUGUCAGUUUCCAUGAGAGCCCUGAUUACCUCGUGUGAAUCCUACACCAGGAGUAUGAGCAUCCCGUCACGUCACCUGGAGAAUGUGAACCCUAACAUCAAAACGAUGCAGAACCAUAGCAACCAUUCACCCCAGGGCUGUAGUGUGUACUAUGAAGAGAGGGAGGAGUCCCAUGCAAGCAUCGUGCACAGAUACAUGGAGGAAGGACGCAAGAAGCAAUACACCCAUGACCCAGAUGACCUUGAGAUGAGGAAUGAGUUUCGCAAACCUCGUGAUGCCCUGCUGAACAUUGCCGUGGAUUUCUUUGUGACCUGUGUGCUCCGUCUGCGAGAGUUACGACGGAUGAUGGCAGAUCCAACCUUCAGGCCUCCGGAGCUCUUUGACCCCAAAACACACAAUCGCCUUGCCGACAUUGUCCACACCCUGCUGAAGUUAGCACCGUAUGAUCCCCAAACGAUGAGGUGUGCCGGACUGCAGAGGUACAUGACAGAAGCAGUGCCCCUGACGGACUGGUCCGUGGAAGCCGUGCGCCCUGCCCUGUAUCUCAUCUUACGCAGGCUGGACAGACUCUUCAGCAAGAUUGCCAAGAAGCAGUAUCUUAGGAGGCAGAUGGAUUGGGAAGCCACGGCUAAUAUUCUCAAAGGUCUCUACACAACCCUGAGCAAGUUCACGUUUGUGGCUCAUCUUCCACAUCUUAAGACUGUGAUUAAUGUGUUACUGAGUAUUAUUCUAUCCACAACGGGCCCUGCGUACCCAGAGACAGGACUCCAGGGUAGUCACCGUAGCGACCACACCUCAUCAACCUUGACCUCUAACCCCCCACACACCUUCUGCUCUGCCGUCGUCAAGCUUGUUGCCAUGCAGAUGCAACUGCUAGGGGAGCAGUAUUCUCUGGAGUACAUAUGUGGGGGUCUGUCAGUCUUCCCUACCCAGGAGCGAUGCCUCAACAUGCUGGUGAACUUUGUGCUCCCUCUUUGUGUCAGGGUGGGGUCAGGCAGACGAGAUUCUCCCAAAAUUCGGCCAGUGGAUAUUGCGUUUGGACUGACCAUUUUGGUGAAUGCUCUCAACCCUCCAGCCAAGCCUCCCAGUCAUUCCAACUCAUCCACGAAGAGUAGCCAUCACCUGUCCCUUAACGAACACAGCCGGUCUAACAGUAUAUCCCACUCUGACAAAGUGUAUCUAAAGAAUGCAUCUGAGCUGGUCUUACAGACAGCUUACCUGGGUUUGGAAAUCCUGAUGGUGUGUUUUGACAAGCAGCUGGCUCCUGAAUGGCACAAAGUUACCAAAUGUGUGCACGAAAUAGCUGGCUCUAAUAAUGGUGGCCUGCCUUUGUGGAAAUUCCUUGACUUUGUCGUCACUCAUAGGCCCUCCAUCUUCCUUCAGCUCCAGCCAUUCAUCGAGUUCAAGAUGAUGAAGGUAAACUGCGAUACAGCUCAAGAGUACUUCCUGCAGCAGACCAUUAAAGAGAAGAUCACGGGGAAUCUGCCUCACCCACGCUGUAAUGGGAGUGUCCUAGUUCAGUUGGCCACAGAGUUACGUCAGAUCAAGGAAGAGAUUACUUCUGCGGGCGGUGUAGGGGUGUAUGGUGAAUAUCGACCACGAACUGCUACUAUGGCAACUGACCGCUCAGACCAUUCUCAAGCGUUUGACCAUCGUCAGAGGAUGAGCAUCUCUGAAGUACCCCCUGACAUCAACCCUCCUAAACCCAUGUUAGCUACCAUUGGGAAGAGACCAAGUAAAGCCACAAUUCUGUCUCAGUCCAGUUCCAGCACCGGAGUGCCUGUCAGGACCCUGGCCCGGGGGUCAAGCGUGGACACAGCAGGGGGCAGUCCUCUCCUUAACCGUCAGCAUUCCAGUAAGCGCAUCAUUGCGCGCGAGGGCAGUCGUAUCCUGGAGAAGUUCAGCAGAGUGCAGAGUGUGCAAGAGGACGAUAUAACUGCACUAGAUACUACAGUUGCUGCAUCUCCAGUUCUACAACGACAGCCGUCGAUCUGUUUCCGUCAGUUUGUCAGCAAACAGCACAGCGGCGACAGUGGGGAUGCUCCAGCUGAUAUCCUGUAUGAGAAUGAGGGCACCACAGGACCUGUCAGGACAGUUUCUGGAAAGUCGACAAAGAGCGGUGGCGCAGAGACAGAGCCUCGGGCUCAUAGGCUACAGCGCCAAGAUGCUCGCAGUCGCAAAACCUUCAAGAUCAAGUCCCACAAGACUAAGACGACAAGCGUACGCCGUUUUAUGUCACGACGAGGUCGAACUGCUGGACUCGACCUGGACGACACAGACUGCAGCAGUCGGGAGCAGUCUCCUGCUCGAAACUUCAUGGACGGUGUCUGGUCAGGCAACCGACAAUCACUCAGUCGUCAUGACAACCAUCCACCAAUGGCACGCUCUGUGGAGACAAUCCCCGAGGCAGUUGAAGUGAAGCCCAGUAGCCGACCUCGGUACGUCCAGAGAUCCAAGUCACAUGAUGACCCUUCCCACGACAUCCAAGCCCCGAUUGGUUCAGCGCGUGGAAGGAUUGCUCGCCAGGGAGCGCGUAUAAUCCGAUCGCGAUCGCCGUCUGCCAGUCCAACAAGGGCCGCCAAAUCGCCAGUUGCUCAAACCUACGUCUUCCGCUGCGAAUCGCAGGAGUCCAUCACAACUAACGAGAACUCAGCUCUUCUGAGAGAUGAGGAGAGAAAGUCGCAGGCUUCGCUGUGUAUUUAUUUUGAUGGCACUGAAGUGCAGGACACAAUUGUGUGAUUGUUUGUCCUGGAUUCUAAUGGAUUAAACAUUUCAUUGUAUGUGGUUCAUGUGAUUUUUGCGGAUAUUUUGUUGAGGUUUUCCGGAUAUGAUUGGUUGAUCAUGUGAACACUCACAAUUGAGAAAGAGCGAUAGAAUUUCAACAUUUGUUUCCCUUUUAAAUUGCCAAAUAUACUACUGUAAUUCUUCAACAUUUUCACAUGUUGGCAAGGUGUUUAUUCAGACAUAUUCUAAAGGUCUCCACAGUAUGGCUGGAAGAUUGUUGAUGUGGCGUCAAUUCUGGCACUAUUUUGUGUUGACUGAUAAAAUUAUACUUUUUGUAACGCUCUGAAAUUGGCCAAUAUCCAACCAGUUUGUCUCCAAAAUCAAAUUAUAAAUGUUCGUAAAUUGCGCUGAAAGUUGCUCUUUCAUAUGCGAAAUGGGUGAAGAACAAGGGUGAUACAGUGUGCCAACAAGGUUCUGUUUAAAGGAAAUAUAUACCCGUAUUUUUAUCAUUUUACCUAUGGCCAACAACUCAAGCUGAUACAUCGUUGCAGAUAACACACUGUUAUCUCUGUUUAUUACACAUGACCUAAAACUUUGUCCAUCACCAAACUACUCAUUUUUUUUUUCAUUCUGAGAGUUCUGUUAUUCAGCAGGUAUCAAGCCUUAUACAAGAUGUACCACUUAUACCAGAUUUGUCCCCCAGCAACAUUGUAAUAAGGGACAGGUAUAUAUAAACUGACUUGGUUUAGUACUCAUAUGUAACAUAGGCCUCUGGACAUGUUUAAUGUUUUCAGGCCCUGAGAUCAUGAAACGGUUUUAAACUUAUGUCAGACUUGUCUUAACUUCAAAAGUGUUUACUGCUCUCAAAUUUUUGCUUACCGUAAACAGUUUUUGUUUUAGUACUUUAAGAGUGUUCGUUAACUUACGUGACAGAUUUGGAAAUUAUCACUUAAGUUCAAAGAUAAGCUAUAGAUUAUGUAUUUAUCAAGCAAAUAUCACUUAAGCCUUAAGACGUUUGAUAAAUAUGGGCCAAGGAAGUAAAUUCUAUGUCUGACUUAAGACUAAUACUGCUUUGUGAUCCUGUUGGCUGCAAUGAGAACAUGCACAUUUAAUGUGUAUAUAUGGUUUAAAAACAGGGGGGAGCUUUUAUUUGUUCUUCAGUUUUUAUGGGCAUAUGCAGUAGAAUUGACUGAUUCUCUCUGGUGUUGUUUUCCCAGAUGCUACAAUAAUAGUUUUAACGCAUAAAAUUUCGACAACUGCAUUUUUAGAGGGAAAUAAAUGUCAAAAACAUUAUUUUUGUUGCUGAAGCAAUAAAAUAUCACCCCAUGUUCCAUGCAAACCUCAAAACACCUUUGUAAAAUCAGUAGAUCUCUCAGAAUCAGAAUGGGCAAGUUUGUCAUGGAUGAAUUUUAUGGUCAUUUGGGUAAAUACAACAAUGGAGGUUUGAGGUCGAUUACACAAAACCAGUUUUGACUUAAUAAGUCAACAUUUAAAGUGGAAUUUAAAUGCUUUUUUUUAAGACCGUACAAGUCAAAAUUUGGAAAGCUGAAUUAAGCAUUAUGUUAGGACAAGUGUGUCAAAAUUCCACCACAGAGGCCGUAACCUGUACAUGUGUAUUAUGUUGAAGUUUAUGUUUUGAUUUAAAAUUUUGAGUUCAGACCAAAAUUCACUUUGUGGAACUGAAUUUAAACCUAAAAAUUCUUCUCUAUUUUU